AUGGCAGCCGUGUCCGAGAUAUCAGACGGCCAGCCGCAGGGCCCUGUUGCCUCGACGAGUUGGCCCAGCGAGUCGUCGUCCGCCUGGUCCCCUAGCACCACCGCAGAAGAUUCAUCAUUGUCCACGUCGUCCUACGAAAACCCCUUCACCAUCUACACGUCAAUGACCAAUUCUUUGGGAGUCAUCACGGGUAUGCCGCCAGUUGUGACAUCCCAACCCACGCAGCCCGCCGUCGUCACCAGCCAACCAGCUUCGCCCACGCUGCCCACCUACUCGGGAUUCUGGUACGGCAACAGCUCCAGCACCAGCUCGACCGCCAUCAUCACGUCGAGUCCCACGACUCUUGCGACCAGCACGGUUGCCGAGAGCUCGUCAGAUAAUGGCGCUGGCACCACCUCGUCAGGGACUGCCGUGGCCACGUUCGCCCAAGUCACCGGCGCUGCAGUGACGAACAAAGUCGCAGGCGCCGGUAUCGCCUUACUUGUCGCUGCUUUCGGAUUCUCCUUGCUGUGA